AUGACAUUUGAAAAAUUGUUGUUUUUGUGUGUGUGUGUGUGUGUUGUUUUUGUGUGUGUGUGUGUGUGUGUGUGUGUGUGUGUGUGUGUGUGUGUGUGUGUGUGUGUGUGUGUGCCCAUGUGUGUGUGUGUGUGUGUGUGUGUGUGUGUGUGUGUGUUGUUUGUGUGUGUGUGUGUGUGUGUGUGUGUUGUUUGUGUGUGUGUGUGUGUGUGUGUGUGUCUGGCCAACAAAGCAAUCGCUGUUGGUGCCGUGGUUAGUCGAGAAGAGACCAUCAGUACAAAAACACGCCGCAUCGGGUGGCACAACAUGGAUGCUUCGUCGGACAUUCAGGGCGUGGCGCAGUCGACCCACACAUGUCGAUUUUGCGCUCAAACCUUUACGACGCAGAAGGAGCAAGCGCAUCAUCAGCGCAAGCGGCAUCAGCAAGAGGCACGGAUCACCAUCGGUCAAAAAAGCUUUCUUUUGAAACGGGCACUUGAUGGCUAUUUUUGGUGUCCGGUUUGCGGCUGCAACAAGCACUACCCCAAGGCUGAGGGCAUAAGACGGCACAUCAAAGCAAAGCACGAGGCUGUGACGGAGAACAUCUCUACCGAGCUCGAUGGCAUGCUCUUGGACCGCUCUGCUGCGGACACUAUCAAUGCUCCGAGAUCGGACUUGAGAGUGCCAAAACGCCGACAUCCUCAUCGUCAAGUGUCCCUGAGCGUAAACGCCAAUACAUCACACGCUCAGAUGUACCUGGAAUCGCUGGGCCUGGUUCUAGAUGAGUACGAGUGGAUACUAAUUUGCGGCAAGUGCGGGCACGCAUUGAACGAAAACCCAGCCCAGCACCUGAAGCGCCACUGCGUAAACGUACAAGAUGCAGACAUCUCGCUUGCAAUGGAUCUCAUCAAGGAGGCGACGCCUCGAAAGGAGCCUGUUCUCGACAUGAACGGCUGCCGACCUGCGUACCCAUGCAUCCCAGUACAACGGGGCUACAGAUGUCCUUGCUGUGCCUCUUGCUUUUCAACACUUGAAAGCCUGGAGCGACAUGAACAAUGCCAUAAGGGCGAUCCAGCCAUCACGGAGACGCCACGAAAAGUCUGGAUGCAGCGGCUCAGGAAAGGAGGAUUGGGCUCGAGCUAUGUGGAGGUCCAGUAUUCGAAGCGAUCCAAGAGACGCCGUGUGGACGCGCAAUGCUUCCUAUAUUUGCUCGAGGCUCAGAAAAAAAAGGACUUUGUCGUCAACUCGAUACGACUCCAUCCGGUUUAUCAGAUUCUGGGCCUUGGGGUGCUGCUUGACCGGUUGUCACUGAGCCAAGUCAGAGAGCUGGGUUGCAGCGAGGUCAACCCGACCCUACUCUCAGUCAUGCACGGUCUUUUGGACAAGACGUACGAAAACAUGUUGUGCUACACGACGGCUCGUGAGGUCCUUGGGAAACUGUACACCAAGUCGGGAGACGUGUUUACGGCCCGAUAUUAUCAAAAAGUCAUGCAGCACACCUACGAUCGCUACAUGAUUGUGGCUACGCGCUACGUGCAGUACCUCCUACAAGUACGGCGCCAGGGCGACGAGGUUCCGGGUCGAAUCAGUGACGAGCUGGCAAAAGCUUUGGACGACGUGGAAGUGGCCCAAGGUCAAAACAACCAUGUCAUGACGCUGUCCGAGGCGCUGACCAAUGUAUGGUGUGCCGUACUUGAUGAAAGCACGGACAUGAACAGCUUGGACCUGGAGUACUGUCCCACCGUCUAUAUCCUUUGUACGGCGCUGCAAGCCAACGACACCUUCAAGCAGCCAAACAACUGGACGCCAACGCUGGCAGCUCUGUUGUGGAUCUGCCGCUUGUUCCUGCUCGUCCGUCGCCAGCUUGAUCCAAGCAGCCCUGGCGCGCUGACGGAAGAUGCUGCCGUCAAGACGCGGCUGACGGAGGGCCACAUUGGCUACUAUCUUGGUAGUAGAUUGACAUAUGUUCGUAAAUGUACCUCGGAGGAAGGCAAACCAGGUGUUGACGUGGUGUUUGAGACGCGGCCAGCCCCUGGACAGGAGUUUCGGACUCUGACAGCAAAUGGCAUUCGUAUGAACGUGGAUGACCUUGGGACCGGUUUGCGAGCUAUGCGAGCCAGAAUGGACGAAAUUCUCACCAAGGAGCUACUUUUUAAUUCGGGCCUCGAGAAGCGAGUUUAUGCUGUCCUGCCCUUGUUGCUGGACUCGAAUCAGCCCGGGCCCCCUCAGUCCUGGGUCGGCCGGGAUUUGAAGGACAUCGACGGUCAUGACUUUUAUACAAUGUUGCUGGAGCACAUCUUGGAAACUCCAGAGCUAGUCGAGGAGUUUACCAUGCCUGAUGCACCCGGCAAGUUUAGCAUAGAACCAGUGUGGCGCUGGAUCUGCUCCCUGCGAGAGUUUAAUCGCCUGGCAUUGACGUAUGCACACCUCUCAACUGUGCCGCUUCGUGAGCUUGCCAGAGACUUGUGCCGCCGCUUCGAGCAGGCUGACAUUGUAUCGCAGUGGGCUAAGAAUGAUGGCCGUGACAUGCAAGUCAACGUGCAAGUGAUUGUCAUGACGGUCGACUUUUUGGUUGGCCAUGGGAUGAGGUGGGUGCAAGCUCUCAUGCAGCAGAAGCGUCUGGCCAUGCUAGUGAUGGACGAAGUUCACACAAUGCUCGUGGACACCAGCUAUCGAGACAGUCUUGUUCGCUGCCCAGGCCGGCUGGACCAUCUUUGCCAAGACCCAUCUGUCAAGUGUGUGGGCCUCACUGGCACGCUUUGCCCCAAAGAUGAGCGGGCUCUGCUCCAACAGCUGGAUUGCACGGAGGACGCUUCGUACCAGACCUUUCGUAUGCCAACCAUGCGAACCGAUCUUCGGCUAGCGGUGCAACAAGGAACAACAAAGGCAUUUGAGAUGUUUGUGGAACGCCACUAUGACCUGUUGGAGCAAGAGGGCCGCGUGGAUCGCAUGCUGAUUUUUUGUGACACGAAGAAGCAGGUUGAGGCAUUGUCGACUCAGUUGGCACGCACGUUGGGUCACGAGCAGUCGCUGGCCGUGGAUGCUGACAUGUCAGCCGAAGACACACGGGCGGCUCUUGAGCAGUGGAGGAGCGGCACGCAGAGUCUGGUCUUGGUGGCCACAAGCUGCUUGGGCGCGGGCUUGGACAUGCCCAACGUUCGGAAGGUGAUCUGGUUUGGCAGCGGCUACAACGGCAAUACCUUGUCGCAGGCCUUUGGCCGGGCUGGCCGCGACCGACGGGGUGGCGAGGCCACGCUAUGGAUACCACCAGGCACAGCGGUUUCGGAAGACCUGCAGCCAUUUGCAAGCAUGAAGCGCUGCCUGACCUUUGAGCUUGGUUGGCUGCUGGAUGGUGAGGGCCACAUUUGUGCAGCCGCAGGAGCGCCGGCUUGUAAUGUGUGCUCCAUGAUGCCGACCAUCACAGCGCGCCAUCCAAGCCGUGAAGCACAUGGGGCGCCAGUAUCACACGAGGGCCAGACGCGGGCCAAACGAGCACAGUUGAUGGUACCAUCGGCGCCCAUUCAGUCAGACGACUUUAACACGGCUCUGCUAUGGAUGUGCACCUACUGCUGGGCCUGCAGCUGCAGCAGAGACCGCUUGGUUGCUCACCACCAGCCUUCUAGCUGCCCGGCCAUGAAAGGGCGCUGUUUUCGAUGCCACUGCCGCGGUCAUGGUAGUAGUAAUUGCCAAGUGACCUUGAGGGCGGGUGUUUGCUACCGGUGUUGGAGGCCGCAGAAGAUUGGAGGUGAGCAAGUGGUGGAGUGCACGGGGCGGGCCUGUGGCCAGCGCAACCGCGAGACCAUCCGGGCCUUGGUCGCGUCUGUGUCACGCAGUCAAACUUUGCACGGCAUCAUGCAGCGCAUGGAGUGCCCGGCCGAGCUGCUGGCAAUUGGAGGGCGGGACUUUGACCCGUCGGAGAUGCAGGCGCUUGUGGGCUGGCUGUACGGAGCAGAGGGGCGCGUUGGCCAUCCGCGCGUGUUGAAGUUUGUGAUUGAGGCGAAACGGCAGUUUGCAAUGUUGAAGUGA